AUGGCCGGAUUACACGUUAGCAAGGUUGCACUCAAGGACGUGCGCGUCGUGUGUUUCGGCGCGGGGUCAGCAGGGACGGGGAUUGCGGAUCAGAUCAGCGAUGCGAUUGCGACGGAGAGCGGGAGAGAGAAGGCCGACGCGAUGAAGCAGGUUUGGUGUAUCGAUAAACAGGGCCUCCUCCUCAAGUCGCAAGGGGAUAGUCUCACGGAAACACAACGGUUCUUCGCCAAGGAGGACGGCGAGUGGCCUGAGGGUGAGGACAUUGACCUUUUAUCCGUGAUCAAGCGGGUGAAACCGCACGUGCUUAUCGGGACGUCGACGAAGCCCGGUGCAUUCACCGAGAAAAUCAUCCGUGAGAUGGCGAGACACGUCGAGCACCCGAUUGUCUUCCCGUUGUCUAAUCCAACGAGACUGCAUGAGGCGCAGCCGCAGGACCUGGCGGAGUGGACGGAUGGCAAAGCACUUGUUGCGACGGGGAGUCCGUUUCCGCCUGUUGAGUUUAAUGGGGUUACGAAGGAGAUUGCCGAGUGCAACAACUCAACCGCCUUCCCCGGCAUCGGGCUCGGCGCCGUCCUCAGUCGAACGCGCCGGGUAUCAGAGAAAAUGAUCGUCGCCGCCUCGAAAGCACUCGCCGCGAAAGCACCCGCACUGGAGGAUCCGAAUAAACCGCUCCUUCCGGACGUCGAGGACGUGCGUGAACUCAGCCUGAAUGUCGCCAAGGCUGUGAUUCAGACGGCUGUUGAGGAGGGCCUUGCACAGGAGGAGGGGAUUCCCGAAGAUGAGGGGGAUCUCGAGGAGUGGAUUCGCGUGCAGAUGUGGGAGGCGGAGUAUCAGGAGCUUGAGAAGGUGUAA